GGUUAAUCCGUCGGUCCGACGGUGGCACACUUUUCAAUCGUACUCGUGCUUUUCAUCGUAUCGGAAGUGUACGUCGACGGUAACUGUGCGCGUCUGUGAAGCACCACAGUGCUCUUCGGAUCAAUUACGCAGCGCGCGCGCGUUUGUGUGUCUGUGUGCGCUUAUAAUUGGCCAUCGUGUGUUGGUGAACACUACGGUGUGUGAAUAUUGCAUAGCCGUUUCAUCAAAACAGAGACCAAGCGUGAUUAGAAAAAGAGAGCUUCUUUGCGAGCGUGCUUUAUAGCUCAGCCGAUCCAAGUGUGCGUGGAAAACAGCAAAGGAGCAGAGUGUGUUGUGUGUGUGUGUGCGAGAGUAAAGGAAGAAAGCGCUGCAGGUCUUGCUUCAUCUCAGCAGGCGUGUGCAUCACGGUGCGCAUUAGUAGACGGGAGCGUGUUUGUGAAGCGUGUCAUUCUACCUGCCAGACCGGAGUGUUUGCAUAUACCACACAGGGGUUGAGUUUUUGGUGCAUCCGCAUCAAACCAUAAAGGCAAAAGGGAGUAUAUUGGUGCGCUUUUGUGUGUGUGUGCGUGUGACUUGUCAGGCUCGUUAGUGUACAACGGUCUCCGGUUCUUUGCCGCAACAGGGCCAACGGCGGUAUCGGUACAGCGUCGCAGCAAUCCGAAGCAAGAUGCAUAAGCUGUGGUUUACCUUUACGGUGUUUCUCGUGCUGGCCACGAUUGGCUCGUACGCGGUCGAUGCCAAGAAGAAGCUGCUCAACAACAAGUACGGCGACGGUGACUUUGAGUUCAUCGAUGAGGACGAUAAGAGCAGUCAGCAACAGCCGCUGGAUUCUGGACUCUCCAUGCAGAUGAAGCAAGAUCAACAGCAGAUGAUUCCGGAAAAGAAAAAGUGGAUUCACGACCCUUCAAGUGAUCUCUGCAAACCGCUCAACUGCAAGAAGAAAGAGCUCUGCCUGCUGGAGGACGCGUACACGGCUGUCUGCGUUUCGAAGAAGGAACUCCACAAGAACAAAUUCAUCAGCAGCUACAAUUCACUUGCAAACAGGGAGGAAAUAAUCACCAAGAGUAAAUACUUCGACGAGGAGGAAGCGAAGCGCAAAGCGGAAGCGGAAGCGGCAGCUGCAGCUGCCGCUGCUGCCGCAGCCACCGGGCUGGGCGGUGCGGUCGGAAGCGGUGUGGCCGGUGCGGCCGACACUGGCAGCAUGACGCUGAUGGCGGCGAGCGGCGAUAGCAGCACCGGAAGCAACGCGAACGAUGGCACUAGCAGCGGGCUGGAGCACGAGGAGCGCGAGGACGACGAGAGCUCGUCGCAGGAUGACGACGUGUUCUACGACAGCGAGAAGGAGGAGGACUGCAAACCGUGCCCGGUGGUGAAGCCCACCUAUCUGUGCGGCAGCGACAACUGGACCUACUCGUCGCUGUGCCGGCUGGAGUACCACAACUGUAUCCACACGACCGAGGUGAAGGUCAACUGUAUGGGCUUCUGUCCGUGCAAAGAUGCCAACCUGCUUCUUGAUCUGAAAAAGCAGCAACGGAUGGCUGACCGGAUGAGUGCGUUCAACGCCAAGUACCAGCGGACGAUCGACAGCAAUGACAUCAACGCAGACAACCUCAUUCCAUCGGGGAAGCAGCAGCAGCAACAGCAGCUGAAGGAAGAAAAGAACCGUCACUACAACCACAUCAACUCACAGUACACUUUCACGCCCGAGGAGAUCAAGUACGACAACAAGCACUACAAGUACAUCAAGUACACGACGUACAAGGGCAAGUCAUCAAUGCCGGCAGCCCGUCAGUAUGAUGGCUACGGUUCGUCCGGCAGUGGCUCGACCCGCAUGACAGGCGAGGACAAGCACAAAAUCCGAGGCUACAACGAGGUUCUCGAUAAGCCGGCCAGCUCUGGCAACAACAAUGGCAACAGUAAACCAUCCAAACUGUCCGGUAGCUCGGCACGUUACCCAGGGAUGAAAUCGAGCGAAUGCAAACCGCAGCAGCUGACUGCCAUCGGUAACCGGCUGCUCGACUGGUUCUCGGUCAUCAUGGCCGACAGCAAGAAGCGGCGCCAGCACCAGCAGCAGAAGAACAAGGUACACUUCCCGGCCGCCUGCAAGCUGGAGGCGCGCUGGAUGUUUGGCCAUCUCGACCUGAACAACGACGGCGAGCUGUCGACGCAGGAGCUGUACGAUCUCGAGCACGACCAGAACGAGCGGUGCAUCAAACCGUUCAUCGAUACGUGCGAUCUCGACCAGGACAAUACGAUCGAUCCGCGCGAAUGGUGCCGCUGCUUCGAGAAGACCGAUCUGAGCGGUAAGUUAUGAAGGGAGUGGAGUUUCUCCUGCUGCGCAAUGGUUUAUGAGUUUUUUUUUUUUCUUUGUUGGCUGCCAGGAUCUUACGCACCCGAUUGUGACAGUCAAGGAUUUUACAAACCCACGCAGUGCCAUCAGGCCGUCGGUGUGUGCUGGUGCGUGGAUGAGCAUGGUGUCGAGUUUGCCAACACGCGCACGCGAGGCAAACCAAACUGCGAAGAAAUCAUCAACAACGCCACAACGCUGAACUCCGACGACGAGGACACGGAGGACUCGGACGACGAUGACGACAGCCAGGAGGGCAGCGCCGAUCGUUUGCUGGUGUUUUAAAACGCUCCACCGGACGGGCAGCAGCAAAACCAACCAAUCGAUGUGGUUCCUUUAACAUUUCUUCCAUCUCUAUUUGCAAUUCCGAAUUCGAGAGGGUUUAUUACGUUACUGCUUUAGUUACGAGUGGAACAUGCAUUUGUUUUUGUUUUCUAAAAGAAAAAAAACCCAGAAUCUAUGCAUUCGUUAGAUGAAUCCAUCCAGAGACACCCAAACUUACUGCAAACCCCUGGCUUGCGGGGGAGAGGCGUAUUUGGGGCGUGUAUUAAUUAAGGCAACGUAUAAGCAACGGUGGAUUAGACAAAUCAGCUCCCAUUUCCCGUCCUAACCAUCCUAUACUGUACCAGCUUAGUAGUGCUGGGCUGGGCAGAUGGUGUUUGCUUAAUAUAAUUCACAACUAAAUGAAACCGUUGUUUAAAGAGAAUACCCUGCAGCCCUCCCUGCCCCAUCUCCUCCCCGUCAUCACUCUGUAUCUUCUUUCUUGCCUUCUUUUUUCUUUUUUUUCGCUCGUACGCCGCUAUUUCGAAGAUGUUGGAAGUCACCCCCACGGAGUCUUACUGGGUGCAGCGGAAAAUGCGCGAGACAUUGGCUGUUUGUUGCAUACACAUAUGCACCGUGUGUAACAAUCAGUUCAUACCGCUAGAAACUUGGAAACCAUACAUUCCAGUUUUGCACCAGCACCAGUAUGUCGUCCUUUUAUGUAAAAGCAACACAUCUGUAAGCAGCGCGGCAACGCUUGGAGCUGCAUUUGGUUCGAACCGAUCUUGCACGCGCUUGAACGCAUUCGACGCGAUAAGAGCAAAAGUGUACGAGAUGAAAGAAGGCAAGAGAGAGAGAGAGAGGUAGGGGGAGAUAGAGCGCAUGAGAGAAAAAAUAAGCUUAUGAAAGGAACAGCGACAUACACCUAAGCCCUUAACUUUUAGAUACUAAGCCCAAACAACAACCACAACAAAAAACAACACUUCUUUAGUGCUAUCCGUCUUUACUGCUGCAGAAGGCGCUGCAAAUUAGUGAGUGUAAAUGUUGCAUGCCGAAUGUUGUGUGAAAGUAACAAAAAAAAACUUAGAGCAAGCAGACAAACUUAAGCCGGCCAGAAAAUCAAGUUUGCAAAGGGGAAAAACCAAGUAUUACAAGAGAAGUAGUAGCGACUUUUAGAAGAUAGAGUGAGCAAUGCAAAUGAUAUGCCUGUGCAGAAUAUUGUAUGUUUUACGGUUUGUUUGAACGUCCCUUUGAGCGGGGCCGUAUACAUGCUGUCCAUUAGUACUGUCAUCAACUAAAUUUCGCUGAAAAGUGCUCGUAUUUGCAACGGCAAACAACGCUAUUUGCGAGCAUCGAUCACUACACACACUACUAACCUUUCAAACAAUGUCCAAAGCCGCGUAGUUUAGUGUCAACGCAUAGCACGCUGUACAACUUGUAUGUAUGUAAGACCUUGCAGGAAAUUGCAUUUUUGGCACGGCAUUUACACCACGAGCAAUUGUAGUAAGAUGAAGGAUUUGUCAAGCCGGAGCUAACAUAUUCAUUCGCUUAGAAAGGCUCGUCUGCCAUGUCAACAUCAGGCAAACGCCUGCUAAGAGGAAAGGAGCGAGCAGGACAAAUAGCCAUUUUUUGGAUCCUUCUGAAGAUGAUAGCUAAUUUUAAAAGAACACACACACAAAAAUCAGUCCGUUCCGCUCAUGCCUCCGCUCGACAAACAGUGUCGCAACACACAGCCGCAUCAGUGUGCGUGUGCGUGUGCUUCUUUUCUGUGUAUGGUGUGUAGGGUUGUACUAAACGGUCGCUCGAUAAGAUAAAGUAAUGGUAAUGGUUACUUGUGCGUUGCACCAGUGCUUUUUAGGCGUGCGAUCAAUCUACCGGCAGCGUGCGCACGCGUUCGGUAUGAUGCAAUAGAAUGAUUUUUGCUUACACUUACUGCUAACCAUUGCUAGCACCAUUAGGUACACUUGGUCAGUACUAACAAUUACUCCCGACUCCAUAGCAUCCAAUAGUCCGGCACACAUCACAAUGCACCAUUGACAAAGUGGUGGACGGUUUGUAGAGACGAAAAACUUGGGAAACAAACUACACAUAACCCAUCAACAUACCCCCGUGGUUGCUCUAUUUGUCCUUCAACAUUUUGACACUCACACAUGCACAGCACACGUACGCAGUACCAGUACACUACCACGCAUUAAAUGAUCACCCUGCCCAUUACGCACCGUACAGCGUACACGUUGCUGCGUACACUUCACGCUGGUAUUACAAUGACUGGUGGCAAAAACAAACACGAUGGAUGGUAGCAAUGGAUGUACUAUUUGAGAUAAAAAAAAAGCAAAAAAACAAAACCAAAAUGAAACGAUGUUGUAAACCUAGCAGCACACGCAGCCGCAGUAGUAAUAGGAAGUAAGUCUGCAAUUUAAGUUAAGCGAAUUCACCAGGAAAGCAUGUAGAGCAAUGUGCGCUUCAUCUGAAUGGGGUCUAAAAUACCUUGCUUUGGUGGGACUUGUUUGAACUUUUGACACACAUUUGAAGUGGAUACAUGUUUGUAUGUGUAGGUGUCCAUUAAACUCCCCCCUCCCCCCACACCCCGUUCCUCGCGGACUCAUGUCUUUUAAAACAAUUCUUCCUGUACACAACGUUCCCACACAAGCACUCGUAGAUAAGUAAAAUAUGGAAAGAAAACAAGAACUGUUUGGUUAUGUUGCGCUGGGUGGAGCUUACAUUGCGAAUGAUUCUGGUAGUAAACUCGUUUAGUAAACAAACAGCAACAGUCAAUAAAAGAAGAAAAAAAACAUAGUCAUAAUUACCAAACCAAUGCAUCUACCAAAUCAAAACAUUUGUCGCUAACUAGAACAACACACACUUCAUUAGUAAUACAAGCAACUAAAAAAAUAAAAGUAAGAAGCAACAGUACUAGAGCAACUACCACCACCACCAUCAUCACAGCCUGUCACAGAGCUGUUUGAAGCAAGCUGUCACUCCGUUUAACUCCUACCACAGCCAACUACGGGAGACACACUUUUACUAAGCCCCGCAAAACAAAAGCCCCAAUUAAAAAAAACCCAUCUUGUACCUACCAGUAAACGCUUAAUCGCAGCAAACCUGUAAUUUCUGCUCCACCCACUGACACAGCUCGAAGAGGAAGAGGGAAAAGGACAGCAGCAACCAUUCCUCGUUUUGGUGUUUGUGUAUGUCAGUGUGCGGUGUGAUCGUGUGUGUGUGUGUGUGUGUCUGUGUAUGCUUUGAUGAGAUAGGGUGAAUCACCAUUACCACUAAACUAACUGGUUUAAGAAGUAAGAGUAGAAUCAGCAAACCACAGAGCCAGAGCGAGAGAGAAAGAGAGAGGAUGCAAAAGGUGUGCAAACCAAGGGGGAGCAAACUUUACCACAUAAGCUGAAAGAAAAGGAAAACCAUCGGCCGAGGGGGCGUGCGCGUGUAGGCAGUAUGCAGAGUGAAUACUACAUACUGGGUGUGCGGCAGAGAGUGUGGACAUGGGCAAGUGAACGGCAUAACACAAAAUAAAAUCAGUAAAGUACGACGAAUCUUUGGACAGAUAAUGUGCA